CAGCAAAGAGCUAUGUCGCUCUAAUUUACACCAUAACAAAGCAACGCAUAGGCUAUUAAAUAGCAUAAACCUACUCUGCCAACAGAAACCAUGCCGCCUAAAAUCAUCCCUGUCCUCGAGAUAAAGGACUUCGUGGGAGCGAUCAAAUUGACCGACAACAAGCGCAGGGCUAAGGACAACGUCAAACUUAUUCUUGAACACUUAAACCACAUGAAACUCGACAUGCCCCAGGUUGCUCUGGACAAGCUUGUCGAUUUCCUGAAGACAGAGGAAUGGCAGCACCUCCAUUUUGGUAUGUGGAUGGUUAUUUCGGCCAUCUGGCCCGGAACCGAUGUUAUCGUCAAGCUUACGAAGGAUAUGUCCAAGCUCUGGGGAGUACAGUUCCCUAGAACGAAACCAUGGUUCCCGCCUAAAGUAUCCAGUAUGGCUAUUGACAGCAAGUAG